AUGGCGGAAAAUGUAGCGAAAACGAUGAGGAAACAAAUACAUUUGGAAUUCUUCGUCGAAGAAGUAAGAAAAUACAGAUGUCUGUACGACAAAAAAUAUAAAAGGAACCGAAACAUAUUUUCAUGUAAACACUGUGAGAAGAACUUUACAUCUAAAAAAAACUUGCAACGUCAUGAAAGAAUAUAUAGAGGAGAAAGGCCUUACACUUGUGAUCAAUGUGAACAGAAGUUUUCACGGAAGGAGCACUUAAUUACACAUUUUCGCACGCAUACUGGAGAAAAACCUUACACUUGUGACGAGUGUGAAAAAAAGUUUUCUGAAAAAGGAAGCAUAAUUAAACAUCUUCGCACGCAUACUGGAGAAAAACCUUACACUUGUGACGAGUGUGAAAAAAAGUUUUCUGAAAAAGGAAGCUUAAUUACACAUCUUCGCACGCAUACAGGAGAAAAGCCUUACACUUGUGACGAGUGUGAAAAAAAGUUUUCUGUAAAAGGAAGCUUAAUUACACAUCUUCGCACGCAUACUGGAGAAAAGCCUUACACUUGUGACGAAUGUAAACAGAACUUUUCACAGAAGCAGCACUUAAUUAGACAUCUUCGCACGCAUACAGCAGAAAAGCCUUGCACUUGUGACGAGUGUAAACAGAAGUUUUCUGUAAAAGGAAACUUAAUUAGACACCUUCGUAUUCACAACGGAUAAAAACUGAAUGAAUGACAAUUGUGUCUAAAGAAAUUCAUUCUGAAUACGGACCUGAAUAAACAUUACAAGAUUCACAAUUAGAAACAAUUUUGCUUCGAAACUUAUAAUUUUUAUUUAUGUAUAAUAUUCAAAAGAUUUAAGUAA